ACGUAUGGUGACAUCAUAGCCUUAAGUUUCGGGGGACUAUUUUGGACACACUACAUCCAGAUAACAACAACAACAGGAGCUGAGGUGACCCACACGUGUUGAGCCCAAGACAACUAUGAUCUGACCUCAUAGGUGUUCAUGGGACGAGUUUGAGAAUUUCUGAAGCUUGUGAAGUAAUGAGGUGGUGAUCAUCCUAUGCAUACUACAGGAUAAGAACACAGUGUAAUUUGUGAAUUUAUAUCUAGGUUGCUAUCUGGUGUUAAACUUGCGUAUAGAAACAUGAAGUUUUCUUACAAGUUUUCCAAUCUUCUCGGAACAGUUUACAGAAAUGGUGACAUUAUCUUCACCCAUGAUGGCAAUUCAGUCAUUUGCCCUGUUGGCAACAAAAUAUCCGUGUAUGACCUCCGCAACAACCGCUGUCAUACUUUGCCUAUUGAAGCCCGGUUUAAUUAUACCACAUUGGCUCUUUCUCCCAAUGGGCUAAUACUUAUUGCUGCAGAAGAGGAAGGAGAGGUUCACAUCAUUAAUCUGAACUUCCGCAGCGUGCUGUAUCGCAAACGAUUUAAUCGACCUAUUAAGAGUAUUAAGUUUAGUCCAGAUGGGAAGCAUUUUGCUUUGACUAAAGAAAAUGCAGUGUUUGUGUAUUGUGCUCCCGGCUCCAGUAAACAAUUGUUUGAUCCAUUUGUGAUGGAGAGAGUCUUCCAUGGGGCAUAUGAUGACACAACAUGCUUGGACUGGUCCUUUGAUUCAAGGGUACUUGCGAUUGGAUCACGAGACAUGACAACACGGAUUUGUGGCUUUUCAAAAUUCAAGAAUCUAUGGGAAUACCCUAUUGGUGGGAACAAAGAUACAGUUGUUGGUGUGUUCUUUGAGGACAAAUCUCUAGAUUUGUGUACAGUUAGCGGAGAUGGUCAUGUUAACAUUUGGGAAUGUAGUGUUAAGCCUGAUGGUCUUGUUCCUGUUAAAGAUCUUUACAAGACCAAUGUGAAAACAGAACAGGAAGUGGAUGAUUUCCCUGUAACACAGGAAGAAAUAGAAGAGUUGAACAGGAAACAAAAUAAAAUUGAUGACACUCGGUCAGAUCAGACGUUAUUUUAUAAACGAGGCCUGAGACUCUUCAUGGACCAGCAUUUAGGGGGUCGACGAGCAGCCGUGACUGCUGCACAGUAUCAUAAAUCAACUCGGAUGUUGGUCGUUGCAUUUGCUACUGGAGAUUUUCUUCUGUUAGACAUGAAUGAUAAAGGUGCUGUUGUGCACUCGCUCAAUAUCUCAAAACAGACAAUCACUAGUGUGUCAGUGAACUUGAGUGGUGAUUGGAUAGCACUUGGAGUGUCUUCUCUUGGACAGCUUGUAGUCUGGGAAUGGCAGAGUGAAUCCUAUGUUCUUAAGCAACAGGGCCACUUCAACAACAUGAGAGUUGUGAUCUACUCUCCAGAUGGUCAGAAUCUUGCAACUGGUGGCGAGGAUGGCAAGGUUAAACUGUGGUCGACGCAGUCUUCCUUUUGUUUUGUGACGUUCUCUGAACACACCGCAGCAGUGACAGGUCUCACGUUUACUCAGAGCGGUCGAGCAAUUCUCUCUUCCUCACACGAUGGCACUGUGCGAGCAUUUGACCUAACUCGGUAUAGAAACUUCAAGACGCUGACAUCACCUCGACCAACACAGUUCUCUUGUGUUACUGUUGACUGCAGUGGAGAAUUGGUGGCUGCAGGUGGCCAAGACAGUCAUGACGUUUAUCUCUGGUCUUUACAAACAGGCAGGUUAUUAGAGGUACUGAGUGGUCACGAGGGGCCGGUGGUAAGUGUACAGUUUUCCUCUCAGCCUGGCAGCACUAUGAUGGCAUCAACAGGGUGGGACGGCACCGUCAAGGUUUGGAAUGCCAUUGACAGCACCACAGCCAAAGAAACUAUUGCAUUAUCAUCAGAUGGUCUUUGUGUAUGUGUUCGCCCUGAUGGAAAACAAUUGGCUGUAGCAACGAUGGAUGGCCAGAUUACCAUGUUCAACCCAUUGACUGGUGAACAGGAAGGCAAUAUCAUUGGCAGAAAUGAUCUAGGAGCAGGAAAAGCCGAUGCCGAUAAGGUUUCUGCAAAGAAGAACCUUGAGUCAAAAGCAUUCACCAGCUUGUGCUACAGUUCAGAUGGCAAGUGUAUUCUAGCAGGAGGACAAAGCAAAAAUGUCUGCAUAUACAGUAUAGAAGAUGAGCUCCUUAUAAAGAAGUUUGAAAUCACUCAAAAUAGGUCAUUUGAUGCUAUGGAUGAAAUCAUAAAUCGUCGAAAGAUGGCAGAAAAUGGAAUUAAUCUUGCACUGAUUGAAGACAGGGAAGAUGAAAAUGAGAAAGGAGUAAGCAUUAAGCUUCCAGGAACCAGACAUGGUGAUAUGGCUCGGAGAGCCUUCAGACCAGAGGUUCGCAUUACCUCUCUCACAUUUUCACCCACAGGACAGAGUUGGGCAGCAAGUAGCAGUGAAGGACUUUUAGUGUAUUCACUUGACAGAGAUUGGCUAUUUGAUCCUCUCAACCUAGAUGUCUCCAACACACCAUCAGCAAUUAAGAAGAAAUUAAAAGAGGGCGACUACAUUACAGCGUUGAUGAUGGCUGUGCGUUUAAAUAUUAAGUCUUUAAAGCAGGAAGUUAUAGAGACAAUACCUUUAUCUACAAUAAAAUUGGUGGUCAGUAACUUGGCAGAAAUCUACGUAGAAGGGAUACUCAGCUAUUUGUCUGAAGCCCUAGAAUCCACACCCCAUAUUGGUCUUUAUUCACACUGGGCUACAGCACUGGUCACCCAGCAUGGUCAAACCCUCAAGACUAGAGCCCCACAUAUUAUGACGACUCUUAAUGCUCUCCAGAAGGCUUUAUCUAUACAUCACACUAAUCUAAGCAAAGUGUGCAGCCACAAUGAACACAUGCUGAGUUACCUCUUGGCUCAGGCAUCUUUAAGGAAGAAAAGGGGACUUGACGAGUCAUCACAAAGUGUCAAUGAAGAUAACAAGAAACUUGCUCAGAUGUCAUCGGAUGAGGAAAUGGAUGCAGAUGAUCAGAUGGAAGCCUUGUUCAGCGAAGAAGUUGAGCCAUAAGUCAUGAAAGUAUAUUUUGAUAAUAAAUAUUAUGGACUUAUAUUAUAUAAUUUAUGAAAUAAACAUAAACACUAUUGAAAAUUACAUGUCAUUAUGAAUUAUGCCUACUUCAUAUAAGCAUUUUUUAGUUUCAAUUUUGGAUGGAGACUAUUGUCAAACAUAUUUUAAUAUGUAACUUAAUUUUGAGAAUCAUUGAUUUAAUUCUACUUCAUAAGCAAAGAAAAGGUGCUUGACAAACAAGUGACUUGUUGUCUUAUACUGAACUUGUCUACUAAAUUUUUGUUAGAUCAUUUGUUGGUUUGAUUUUGAUAGCAAACCACCCAUUCCAGUCUACAUAAUUUAAAACGCCUGAAGAUCCACAUUCGCAUACAAAAAGGCAAGUCAAUUUUCAGGUCUGGAUUUUAUCUUUAUAUUGAUUUGAAAUCAAUAUUAUAAUUGUGCCAUUUCCCCAUUUUAAUUGGCUAAAGAUGAGUAGGAAGUAUUAUGAAAAAAGAUGGGAAGUGUUGGGUGGAGGACUGUAAGGAGGGUGGCUCUGGGUUUGUUUUUGUGCUUUUGACUGGUGUGCUUCAGUGCAUGUAUCUGCUAUAAAGCACUGAGCUGCUUAUCUAGUCAUGAGCUGCAAGAGGCUUCAGGCUUUUCUGAUGCAGAAGCUAGAAAGAGCAGAGAUGAAGGCUGGGAGUUCUGCACCUUUGAGCUUUUUUUAUAAAAAUAAGACUGUUACAAAGACUUGCUUUCUAUCUGGCAGGUACACUUAGGCGUACCUGCAAGAGGAGGCAAGUCGCUAGCCUAAUCAGUCACUGGGGGCAAUAAAUAAUUUUCCCAGAGCUGACAACUUGAUCCCCAUCCCUCCUCAACACAAAAACUGCCAUGGCAGACCAGAGAGUUUCAACGACAGUUUUAAACUUAGAACCCAAGUGACCCCAAAAAAUUGAAGAGGGCAACACAGUAGGGGCAAUUAGAUUACUUACCAGUGAAGACACAAUCACACCUAGAAAUACCACUACUGCCGACUCACUGAGAGAGAAGUACCCUCCCAGAAUGCCAUGGGAACCCACUGCUCGGGAGACACAUACAUCCCAGACCUGGGACCUCUAUUCCUCCAAGGUAUACAAAGCCAUCAUGUCAUUUCUACCAGGCUCUACCAUGGAUAACUGGUGAUUGCAUGUCAAUUUCUACAAUAGAAAACUGACAGCUGUGGAUACUUGAUGGUAUUCAUUUUAUGUUUGACCAGUUAGUUAUGAAACCAAAUGUGUAAAGGUGUAUAUUGUACAUUGGAUAAGUUUUUGUAUUUUUUGUAAAGAUGUUAAGCUGACCCUGAAUCUACAGAAAUGUAGUAGGGGGUCAGGAAUUUUUUACAUUUUUACUGUAACAAUUUAUUUUUUAUGGUUUAAUGUGUUUGAUAAUGUGCAUAAAAAAAGUUCUUUCUUUUUCUUUGACUGUUUUCUAUCCAUAUUGCUGCUAUGUGCAAUUAUGAGUCUUGUAAAAAGAAAACUGGAUGAGUGGAUGUUUUUCUACGUAAUGAGAUAAUAAGCACAUGUAACUGUCUGCCAGAUUUCUUUAUGUAUGAUAGAUCCAUCCAAUUGAACUCUUCUUUCAUGUUUCUAACUACUUAAGGGUUUCCUCUGCUUUAAAAAUAAUUUUAUAGUAAAGAUGUGUAAUUUCUAUUAUGAAAUUUAAGAUCCAGAUGUGAUCUUUUUGUGUGACUUAGUCAGAAAUUGUAUACAUGUAAAGUCUAAGAGCCCAUUUCUAGUACCUGCAAGAAUUUAUUAUUCAUUACAUAAUACGGUUAGCUUUCAAAAUUCACGAGUACCUGUUAAGAACGCAGUGCAUGCCCUCGGGGAUUAAGGCAGAGGAUCCUACGGGUAAUAGAUUUUUUACAGUUUGUGUUGCAUUUACAUAAAUUUAUAUGAUUGGUCACUGAAACGAAGCAAAUAUCUUGCUUUCAACAAGACAAUGACCAUGAUAUAUCCACAAGUCUUUCUGUUUCUUAAUUUCAUAAAUAUCAACAUUUAAAAAGCUUUAUCAAGAUCUCUCAUCACUAUAAUAUUUAAAUGUAAUUUGGCAUGUGAGUGAUAAGCAACCUGUAAAAUGGAACUUCAGCCUACCCUCUCCUUUCCCCAACAAAAGGAACAAAAAAAAAUAGGAAAUGGAAAAAAAGAAAACUAACCCCUGGGUUAUUGUUAAGCAUUAGGUUUUAUAAACCCUCAGUUCUUCAAUAUUAUAAUUAUGAAAAUUGCUGGAGUAGUACAUACAACACUGUGUUGGCAUUGUGCAUAGAGCUCCAGUUUAAAAGAUAUAUUAAUCUUCACUCAUUAAGCAUUACUAUUAUACAGUCAAUGGGGUUUCAUAGUAGUAACCUAACAUUUUUUUUUUUAAUUUAAGUUGGUCUCCGUAGGCCCCAUUUUGUUAAUGGUAAUACUGUAUAUUGCUUAUAGAUACUGAUCUUAUUAAACGAGGACAGGCAUUCGGCUUCUAUUACUUAAGUUAUACCAAGGAGUUUUAAAUGGCAAAAAGAUUCGUAUACAAAUUUGUUUCCCCAAUUAAAAUUAUAAAGAGUAAGGAGUCCUUGAAACUCCAUUUAUGUUGACUGUUCAGCUGUCACUUCACAUGAGAUGUAAAUCUUCCUCAGUAUGUAUAGCAAUAUUUUGAGUUAAAUGGACAAUGAGACUUGAAAAUAUUGAUGUAUUCCAUGAGGCAAACUGUUCCCCUUCAAUGACUAUAAUUGUCAUUUGUUUCGUCCAAACACAUUGUAUUUCUACAUGUUGUACCUAAUAGCCAGAGUUGCCUAACAAGCCAAAUUUUCGUGACAUUGAAUUUUUUCCAACAUUUUUGCUAAUGAAAUAAUAGUUUCCUUGUAUUAUAUAUGAUUGAAAUUUUGUUGAGUGAAAACUAACGGAAAUUUGAUCAAACAUAACCUACCUAACCUGAUAUAACUUAGUAAUUCAUGUUUUCCAUAUAAUUAGUUCUUUUCUAACAAUAACAAUAUAUUUGGAAAGAAAUAUUUGAAGAUUAUUCUGCCUUUUGGGCACAUCAGACCUUGCAUACUAGGCCAAGAAGUGUGGUUCUGGUUAUUAGGCGUGAUAUAUAUAAAUACACACACACACACACACACACACACACACACACACACACACACACACACACACACACAC